AUGCGUCCAUCACCAGUAUUACGUGCAUUACGAUUGACACUCUUCACUCGACCAGAUUGCGGACUUUGUGAUGUGGCCAAGGCCCGCUUGAUGGAAGUCCGUCAACAACGGACCGUCGACUAUUCCGAGAUCAAUAUUGAUACACCCGAGCAGAAGCAAUGGAAGAAUGUCUACGACUACGACGUCCCAGUUCUACACAUCGACAAGGACGUAUCUAGAGCCCCUACACUCAAUGCAGCUAAGAAACUCAUGCACCGUUUCACAACCGAAGAAGUCACAAAAGCUGUGGAUGAGGUGGAACAGGCGACGAUGUAA